GCUAUGGUGUUUUGAAAGCACAGAUUCUACCUCUUCCUGAAGCGGCACUUUUUCCUAUUUUUUUUGCAAAACAAAGCGAACGAAAAUUGUGUCCGAUUCCCAUUUGUCUCUCCAGUUUGUGACAAACGACGGAGAGCUAGAAAGAGAGAAGGUCCACUUGGCAUUUUGUUAAAAUACAAAUAUUCGCAAUGGCUGCGCAGCCCAGUCCCCUAAUGAAUCCCCAGCAGCAACAGCAGCAGAGCGAACAGGAGAAGGUGUACCAAUGGAUCAACGAACUGGCGCACCCAGACACGCGUGAGAAUGCUCUGCUGGAGCUAAGCAAGAAACGUGAGACCGACUUGGCCCCUUUGCUGUGGAGCAGCUUCGGGACGGCCAGCGCUUUGCUGCAAGAGAUCGUCAACAUUUAUCCGGCUAUAACGCCGCCAACCAUGACUGCACAUCAGUCCAAUCGUGUGUGCAACGCACUGGCCCUGCUGCAGUGCGUCGCCUCGCACCCGGAGACGCGCUCGGCCUUCCUUGCGGCCCAGAUACCGCUCUACUUGUACCCCUUUCUGUCGACCAGCUCCAAGACCAGGCCCUUUGAGUACCUACGCCUCACCAGCCUGGGCGUAAUUGGAGCUCUGGUGAAGACCGACGAGCAAGAGGUAAUCACGUUCCUACUGACCACCGAGAUCGUUCCCCUCUGCCUCAGUAUCAUGGACAGCGGCUCGGAGCUGAGCAAGACCGUGGCCACGUUCAUCAUCCAGAAGAUACUGCUUGACGAAUCAGGUCUGUCCUACAUCUGCCAGACCUACGAACGCUUCUCUCAUGUGGCCAUCACCCUGGGCAAAAUGGUCAUUCAGCUCUCGAAGGACCCGUGCGCUCGCCUUUUAAAGCACGUUGUGCGUUGCUAUCUGCGCCUCUCGGACAACACUCGCGCCCGCAAGGCCCUGGGCCAGUGUCUGCCCGAUCAGCUACGUGACGGCACCUUUGCCUUGUGCCUCCAGGACGACAAGACCACCAAACAGUGGCUGCAGAUGCUACUGAAAAAUCUGGAGCUAGGUGCCACACCGCAGCAGAUCGGUAUGUCGCCACUGGGCUCCUAGAUCCCUGCACUUAUCCAUCCGACUCACAAGCGCGCUCUUCGUAAGUAUUGCCUAAACUUCCGUGUUGCUCCCUAACGACUGGGACUUCAUCGGAAAGUGGCCGUUGUUUCUUAAAAAUUUGCAUGAGAUUGCCAAAGUCUCUAUUACAAUCAGAACUGAGAAAAAUUAUGUUUAACUAUGUUAUUAUAGGUCCCCUGAUAUCUUAUAAACUACAAAGUAAAUAAAGAAAAUCGAUCAUGUUAUAAAGUUUA